GGUACGCAUGCAGUUGUUGAGUCUCACACUAAGGCCUGAAAGUUCACGGCGCUCCUAUCUUUUGUCUCUCGGCCAAGAGUGUAGUCUUUGGGAAAGCAAAAACCGCUGGAAAUGGCGGAAUCAGAUGCUGUUGUUGAUAAUCCCAUAAGCCCAGCAGCUGAGGGAAUGCUUAGUAAUAGAAAUAAAGCGGAAAUAAGCAGCAAGCUUAAAGACGCAAUUCUCGCACAACUUGCUGCUUCAAACCCCUCAAUGCCCAUUAGCCCCGACCUCAUCCAACUCCGCUUGCAGCAAUUCUUUCCAACUUUCCACACUCCCAUUCACCCUCCUUACUCUUUGAUGAUACAACAAGCAAUUUUGAAAUUAAAUAAUGAAGGUGGGUCAAGUGAGGAGGCAAUAUUGAGGUUUAUAGAGAAGGAGUAUGAGGGUUUGCCAUGGGGGCAUGCUAGUUUUUUGAGUCAUCAUUUGGAGAAGGUUUGUAGGAAUGGAGAUAUUUUAUGUGUUAAUGAUGGGCGGUUUAUACUCCAAGUGAAUGAUGGUGAUUUGGGGCAUGAGGAAGAGAAAAUGAGUCAUAUAUUGAACAUUACAAAUAGAGAUGGGAAGGAAGAUCAAACCUUUGUCCAAGUCAAGGGGAGAGAAGUUGAAGUUAUUGAUGGCUGGAGUGGGGUAAACUGUUAUCAAGCUGAAGAAUCUGAGGAUCAAUGUGAAGGCAAGAGACAGAGUGUUGAAGGAAAUGGGCAAAUUAAAGCAUGUGAACAGAGAAUUCUGGGAUUUGAAGAACAAAAGGAAGGCAGACAAGGAUUGAUUGAAGAGGUUCAAGAAGAAAGUCAAAACUUCAAUGGACAAAUUGAAGUGGCUGAAGAUGUCAAUGAAGCAAAAGCAAUGCCAGCUGAGGUGGCUCAAGAACAAAGGGCAGAAGAGAGGAAGCAACCAGAGAUGACUGAACAACAGAUUAAGGUAUUAAAGGAUGAUAUUCCCCAGCAUAUGAUGAAAGAAGAGAAGAAAUAUGUUGAGCAACUACAUCAAACAAAGGGUGCUGAUGGAGUAAUGAAAUCUAAUGUUGUAAUGAUUGGUGAACAAGAGCAACCACAACGAGGUAAGAUGAGUAGUGAACAAGGCCUCCCACAGGACCAGCAAGUUGACAUCACAAGCAAGAUGGUAUUCCUUUGUGAUGGAGAAGAUGGAGAAAAGUUGAAGACUCCACUUGGGAAAUGUUCCAUGCAUCCAUUGGAAGAGGAAAAGAUGGAAGCUUUAGAGCAUGAAGGGCAGCAGCGAAGGAAGCUUCAUCAAGGAGAAAGGGAUUUGUUUAUUGUCUGUGAUCUGCAAGCACAACAGCAGUCACAAUUGAGGACACAUAUUUACCAGAAGGCACAUAAGUUGCACACAGACUCAAUAUCAGCAUCUUGUGAAUCCAGGGAGUCAGGGCAGAUCCUUGUUAAGAAACUUAAGCUUUCUCCUCAAAGGCCUUCAGAACUUCCAGUAACUACAUCUGAGGGGUUUACUCAAAGCAAGCAGAAGCCAACUAAGAUUUAUACUAGGAGAGAGGUACAAAAUUCUCAGCUGAAAGUAAAAACUUACCUUGGUAUGUCCAAAAAUAUAGAAGAGCUUGAGAAAAAGCAAGAAGAGGAGUUACAGAAACCAGAAAAGCUUCUAGAAUUAGAAAGCAAGACCAAGGAAGCAAAAUUUGGUGGUGAGGAGGCAGCUGUAUCCCUAUCAAUCGAAGUGAAAGAUUCCAUGAAUGCACCCUUGGAUCUAGAGCAGCAUGGAAGGGAACACCAAAAGAGGCAGAUAAAGGUUUAUGUUCGGAGAAAUGUGAGCAAAUCCCAGCUAAAAGAACCAGAAAUUUCCAAUAUAUUUCCAUCAAAUUCAGAAUAGCUUGAAAAGAAAUAGCAAUUGGAGGUUGAAUCUCUCAUUGAACGCAAGCUAUCAGGGGGCUGCUGAAAACUUAAAAUUAACAGUAAAGAAAGGGGCACAUCCGUAUUAGCCUUCCUAGUGAGAGGGAAUUGAUGCUGUCUUGCUGGCUAAAUCUUUUAUAGUCUCAAGGUGAGCCUUUAUUUAUUUUGUUUUAGAGCUCUAUGCUUGCUUGCAGUUUACCUGAGUGUAUCUACAUUUUUUUUGACAGCAUUGAUAUGUUUGAUCAUAUACUGAUUCUUAGUGGAGCAGAUAAUUUCCAUGCUGUAUUAUUUCACAUUUAAGUGUCUUUGGUAUCUGCAACAGAUUACAAGAUUUCUCAUUAUCUUGCUUCACAGUUUUAGGACAUCCAAAAUUUGUGUUUUCCUUUCCCCUGUAGUGGUCUUAUCUCUAAAGCAUGCACUUAUAUGUUCAGCUAGCUUAACUGCUUACUGUUUUGGGGUUGAUAAGCUCAGCUGCGACAUUGAUGAUAGUGAGAAGCCAAAAUUCCCAGCCAUCAGGGAAUUGCAAGAAGAAAUUUAGAAUAGUGUUUGCAGAAAUUAUUACCUGAGGUUUCUUUAAAACUGAUGUUAUAUAAUGCUACAGGUCUCUGUUCAAGGAUCCCAUGCACUGGUGCACUUUUAUUGGCACUGGCUCUUCACUUGCGUCAUUCUCUACUGUCUUAAUAUUGUCAACCAUUCAAACUUAAAGGGAAAAGUUUGUUUUCCUUGUCCCCAUAUCUUUGGUCUUCUUAAUAUAACCAAAGGUUUGAAUUUAUUGA